AUGUCUGUUAUUGAAAUAGGAGGAUUAGCUGCAGUGUCGAGGCCAGAGGUUCCGAGGUGGAAAGGGCAGAGGAAGGGUAGUAGUCAACCAAGGACAGGAACAAGCACAGGGCUCGAGGAUGACAGACAGAGCCAAGAAAAAGUGCUAAAACCUCGUCGGUUGCAGCCACAGAAGAAAGAGAGAGAGAAAGAGGCAAAGAAAUGGAACGGUGUUUCUGCUGUGAGCCUUAAAUUGGUGGAUACAGAGAUCAGAGAGAGGAUAGAAAGAGCGGACACAGAGACGUCUGCUUUUUGGCCAUGGCGGCGUAACAGAGCUGCAGGUUUGUGGUUCUGCUAUGGAUUGUCAGUCACAAUUGAGGUUGGGGACAGGUUUAAAGGUGGAAAAAUGGCUGGGUUUUUCUCACUAGGUGGAGGAAGAGGAACAAACAACAACCAGGACCAACACCAACCAAGCAACAACAACCCACCACCUGAAAUCACUCCGGAAAGUUGGUUCUUGUACAGAAAUGAGGACUUACCGUACAAGAGUUUCGAGCUAUGGCAACAACACCAACACCACCAAGAACAAAUUAACCAACAACGCCACAACCCAUUACAAGAUCUUUAUUCAUCGGCCGGAGGACUAGCCAUUGGACCGAGCAGGAGCGCAAUCGACUUCUCCGAUGAGCCGUCGAGAUCGGGUUUUGUGAUGAUGAGAGGUGGUGGUGUUAGCUGCCAAGACUGUGGAAACCAAGCCAAGAAGGACUGUACUCACAUGAGAUGUAGAACUUGUUGCAAGAGCCGAGGUUUUCAGUGCCAAACCCAUCUCAAGAGCACUUGGGUACCAGCUGCCAAAAGGCGCGAGAGGCAACAACUUUCUUCCUUGCAACAGCAACAACAAGAAGAACAACAGCUUCAGCUACAUAGAGAGAACCCCAAAAGGCAGAGAGAGAAUCCAAGUGCUUAUCCUCUCGUCUGCACUCAUUUACCCACCAACACUUCAGGGUUGGAAGUCGGAAAUUUUCCGGCUGAAGUGAAAUCACCGGCGAUGUUUCGCUGUGUGCGAAUGAGCUCUAAGGAUGAUUCUGAUGAUCAGUUUGCGUAUCAGGCGGCUGUGAACAUUGGUGGGCAUGUGUUUAAGGGAAUUCUCUAUGAUCAAGGCCUUGACAGUCAGUACAUGGCCGGAGAGAGCUCUUCCGGCUGUGGUAGCGGCGGCGGAAUUCAACAACUUAAUCUCAUUACUGGCGCUGCCACCUCCGCCGUCACUCCAACCACCAGUGGUGGUGCGGUAGUUUCUUCUUCAACCGCAGCUUUUCUUGACCCUUCUCUAUAUCCAGCUCCCAUUAACACUUUCAUGGCUGGUACGCAAUUUUUCCCACAUCCAAGAUCAUAAACACUACUAUAAUUCAACUCUCUCUCUCUCUCAACCUUCACUCUCCAUAUUCAACAUAGUAAUGCCACUGUUCUGGGAAAUAUAUAUGAGAUCCAUUGAAUUAGAAAGAAAAUAAGAGAAGGCAGAUGAGGAAAUGAGGGUGUGAUGUUUGUUUUAGUCCAAAUAUCGAUGCAAGGUUGAAUCAUUCUUAUUUUCUUUGAAAUACGAAGUUGAUUUUGCUUUGCAUAUUGGCGUGUUGUGCUGUGUCUCUUCUUGCUCUUGUUUUUAUUAGUUUUUUAUAUAGCUACUACUACUAUUACUACUUUUUUUUUUUU